AUGAUAAAUUCUGUACUAGUUAUAUAUUUGGUGAGUUCUGAUUUACGGAUCGCGUAUUUCAUCUUCGUUUAUAAAUUCGUUACAGGGAUGAACAAUGACCAGUUCAUUGACGCGACUCGGGUCGGUAAUCUCAUUCGCUUUGCCAAUCAUUCGAAUACCAAUGCAAAUUGCUCAUCCGAAGUGCGUGUUUAUGCAAGUCGUCACAUUUUAUUUGGAGAAGAGUUGUUAUUCGACUAUAACUAUGGACAAACGUGGAACAAAUUUGUGCCUAUCGAGAAGAGUAUCAAGUGA